CACUUCUUCUCCUCCGCGUCUUGCACUCUCAUUCGUCUUGUCAGUGGUCGUUUCGUUUUGUACGUGGUGUUCUUACCUUUGGCUACCCUCGAUACUGGUCGCGACUACGUCUCUUUGUGCAACUUGGAACACAAUUCAGAAUUUGCGCUGCCGGAGCUUCCCUUCGCCGGGCUCACGUAAAAGAAUUCGCGACGAAUUUGUUGAAUUAUUUCACGCGCACUGGCAUGUCCGAGAUGGCUACAGUGAAUCUGAACGGAAAGAAAAGUCCAAAUUUAUUGGCAAAGGACGGGAGCAAUCAGUGGGUCAAGCUGAAUGUCGGCGGUAAAUGCUUUCUCACAACCAAAACAACGCUUUCGCGGGAUCCCAACUCGUUCCUGUCGCGCUUGAUCCAGGAGGACAGUGAUUUGAUAUCAGAUCGGGACGAAACUGGAGCGUAUUUAAUCGAUAGAGACCCGCGCUACUUUGCACCGGUACUAAACUACCUGCGACACGGCAAACUGGUCCUCGACGGCCUAUCGGAGGAAGGCGUUCUGGAGGAGGCAGAGUUUUAUAACGUUACGCAGCUAAUUAGUUUACUUAAGGAAUGCAUUAUGCAGAGGGAUCAGAGACCGACGUUAGACAAGAAGCGAGUGUACAGAGUACUGCAAUGUCAAGAAAACGAACUAACUCAGAUGGUCUCAACAAUGUCAGAUGGUUGGCGAUUUGAGCAACUCAUCAAUAUCGGAACUCAAUACAAUUAUGGUUCUGAGGAAAACGCGGAAUUCUUAUGUGUUGUUUCGAAAGAAUGUCAUAGUCCGCAAGUUGGUCGAGAACAGGAGUCAAACGAUCGAGCUAAAGUUUUACAGCAGAAAGGUUCAAGAAUGUAGACACGAUCGAGGCUCUAACGCAGCUACUAUGUUGCGAGAGGAGUAGGAGAAUACGCUAAAAUACACAUUGAAGGGUGAAAUUUUCAAAGACGAUAUAAUAUAAAUAUUGUUUAAGUCCGGUGUAUAGCGAAUUUCUAAAGAUAUAUUUUUUCUGAGGCGAAAAACAAACGCAUUUUUUCAUUUUGUAUAAAAAGUAUUCUCUUUUCCAAACACGAUGACAUUUACAAGAAGACUCCUUCCCUUCACAUUUAUUUAUUUUCUACACAUACAAAACGAAUUGGAGAAUGCAAUAUGAUUUUAAUAACAUUUUUUCGUGUAUAUUACCAACACAUACAACGGUAUACAGUAAACUGAAAUAUCACUGCAAAAAAUAAUUUAUUUUGUAUGUUUCGUACACCAAAACUCAUCACGGAGUGAAUAAAAUACUAACGUCGCGCAUCAAGCAACAAAAAGAGAUAUUUCGUUUUCCUAACACAAUCAGUUUUUUGAUAGAGAUAGAUAUAAAUAAUAAUAAAAAGUAAGAAGUUAAUUUUAGAGAGAAAAAAAAACAAAAAGUAUAAUAAAACGAUUAACAAAUACAAAUAAAAACUGUAUUAUACAACAAACAAAAGAUUGAUAAAGUGAACAGUUACAAUGUAAAAUAUACCUAAUAAUCAGUUAUUGCGUUAGGACGAAAAAAUGAAAAAUAUAUAAAAGAGAAGUUAGAUUUUGAAUUUAUUUAACCAAGAGCAAAAGUAAUGAUUAUUAUAAUAACCAAUGGUGUUAACUGAAUUUGUUUCGAAUUUAAGAAUGAUAUUUCAAUUAUAUUGUGAUUUAUUUCAAGUUUUAUUGAAAUAUUAUUGAAAAAAUACUUCGAUGCAA